AAUUCCACAUGCAUACUACCCGUUAGGGCUAAGCCCCGGGUGUUUCAAAUGUCUGGCUCCGCCUCUGGUUGUUAUUACUGUUCUAAAUGUAUGUAUGCACGGUUGCUUAGUCAUGCGCCCCAUGUGACGCAUAUACGAGAGAAACCUGUAGCUCGACUUGCAGAAUUAGACAUACAGUGCGAUCAGAGAGUGCUGAGCUCUUGCAAAUCGCUGCUUAUAUUUGGUUCAGUCACCGCGGGAUGAUGGGUGAUCAGACCCAGCACCCGGUUUUCUUUGAGUGUCAGAGUCCUAAAGAAGGACAUCUGACGAGAUUAAAAAAAUAUUUCGGUAUUCGCCGAAAAUCAGGCGGAGGAGAGUGCGGACCGGUGACGAGAGUGAACAAAAACGUCUACAGUGUGGUGUUCCGAAAUAAAAGAGAUCAGCAGCGAGUCCUUCAGGGAUCAGAGCAUGUUUUGGAUCUUGAAGACUGUGGUUUGGUGAUUUUUGUCCGAGAAACUCUGGAAAAUGACACCUCUCACCUCACCACCCCCACUUCUGCUCCAGCAGAGACUCCUGAGAACAUUCCUGCCUCGUCUCUUCCACCAAGUGAUGAAGAGUAUGAACUACAUGUUGAUAAUUAUCUCCUUCGUUACCUGAAAGAAUGUCCUGAUGCUCAGCAAGAACUUGAGAACAUGCUUGGCUGUUUAGCCUGCUCUGCUGAUCUUUACUGUGAGGAGGGGAGGGUUUUAGUGAGGAGGCGAGCUCAACCUGGUGCUGCAGAUGAAGUUAGUGAUUGGAAAGCUAAAGUAGAUGCUUUCUUUGGUAGCUACUUGUGCCAUUUUGAGGUAAACCCUGAAAAAGUUGAAGCUUCGGUUCAGUCCAGCAACUCUUGUCAGACUGCAGGUGAGGUGAAGGUGUACAAAGACAUUGAGCAACCUUCAAGUUUACGUGACAAUAUGGCAUCUCUGAGUUUAAUAGAGGAAAGCACAACCAUUGCUAGCUACAGCCUUUGUGAUGGGCUCCAGGUGUUUGUGUGUCAGGGUGACAUCACCAAGCAACACGCUGAUGCUCUGGUAAAUGCAGCCAAUCAGGACUUGGAGCACUCUGCAGGUGUUGCUGCUGCACUGAGUCGAGCUGGUGGUCCUGAAAUACAGAGAGAGAGUGAUGAAUUAGUGAAGUGUUUUGGGAAAAUUCCCAUAGGAGAAACAGUAGUGACCACAGGGGGUAACUUAAAGUGCAAGAAACUGCUUCAUGCAGUUGUGCCUGUAGGUGGAAAAGCAAGUAAGAGAGAUAAGAUGUUACUCGAAAAAACUGUGCAUUCUGCUUUAAAGUUUUCAGAAAUAAUGGAGUUUCAGUCCAUAGCCAUUCCUUGUAUCAGCUCAGGUGUCUCUGGGGUUCCUCUCACUGUGUGCACUGAGGCAAUUGUUGCUGCUGUGAAGGACUUUGGCAGUGUGGGAGGUCGAAGUCUGAGGAAAAUCAUUCUGAUUGAUGACAGAGAGGAGGCAGUGAGGGCCAUGCAGGACGCAUGUGACAGGCUUCUCCAAGGGAUAGAUACACCUGAUGAAGAUACAGCAAGAGGAGCCACUGCCAGAGCUCCUGGAGGCAGAGUCCACAUGGAGGUUAUUCAGGGAUCGAUCGAGAGCCAGCAGGCAUCUGAUGUUGUCCAAACUGACAAAUUCACUCAAAAAGUCCAAGAUCCAGAGUCAACUACGAUGAGGCUGGUCCUGCUGGGAAAAACUGGAUCUGGGAAAAGUGAUUUGGGUAACACCAUUCUUGGAGAGGAGCUCUUUGCCACCUACCCCUCUCCAAACUCUGGAACAAUGAAAUGCCAAACAGAAACCAAAACAGUCAGUGGAAGAAGCAUCACUCUGAUCGACACCCCUGGUUUGUUUGACACAGGAAGGUCUGAGGAAGAUCUAAAGCCUGAGAUAAUGAGCUGUAUUACAGAGUGUGCUCCUGGGCCUCAUGCUUUUCUCAUUGUGCUUCGAGUGGAUAAAUUCACAGAGCAUGAGCAGGCUGUCAUCACUAAGAUAGUUCAGUAUUUCUCAGAAGACGCUCUAAAAUAUGCUGUAGUUGUUUUCACUCACGGUGAUCAGCUCGACAAAAAGAUGAAAAUUGGAGAUUUUGUCAGUCAGAACAAGAACCUGAGUGAUCUGGUGUCAAAGUGUGGUGGUCGGUGCCACGUCUUUGAUAACAAACACUGGAACAACAACCAGCCAAAUAACUACAGGAGCAACCAGUUCCAGCUGGAGGAGUUACUGAAAACAAUAGAAAAAAUGAUGGUGGAAAAAACCGGAGGCUACUACACAAAUACAAUGCUGCAACAUGUGGAGACGGCAAUACAGAAACGGGUUGAGCACAUUAGACACUCACUACCAGACAAAACCCCAGAAGAGAUCAGAAAGCAGGCUAAAACUUAUGUUUGCAACAGCUUUCUGACCAAACUGACAGGGAUUACAACAGGAGCUUUGCUCGGUGCUUUUUUUGGUGUAGCAGCAAUGGUUGGAUUAGCUAUCACAGCCAUGAAUAACGUAAAGUUAAUGAACGCUGUAAAAAAGGCUCCAGCAUUAAUGGGAGUGUCGGCAGCAGCAGCAGGAGAAACAACAUUAGUAGUUGCUGGAGCCACAGGUCUGGCAGCAGCAGCAGCAGGAGGAGUAUAUGGUGGCUUCAUUGGAAAUGAAGCAGCUAAGGAUGCUAAGUCACCAUCAGAAGCUGCACAGAGAACAUAUGAGGCUAUAGUGGAGAAAGGAAAGUCUUUUAUCAGGUUUAAGUGAGAUUUUUAUCAUUAUUAUCCAGGUAGUGGAAGGGAAAAAGCAUCUUAUUAUUUCUUGAUGUCCUUACACUACACAUAUUAGUACUACAUACAUCGAAGAAAACAUUUUAAUUAUCUGGUGUCAGGUUUGUUGGCAAAUAGCUGAAGAGAUGAGAAACCAGGCUAAAACUAAUGUGAUGUGAAUGAUCCAAAUGACAGGGAAUGAAACUGGGCCUUUGCUUGGUGUUUUUUCGGUGUAGUAACACUGGCUGAAUUUGCUAUCAAAGCUGUGAAGAACCCAGAACCAUUGAAUGUUGCAACAAAGUGUUUCACAUCAGCACAUGUGCCAGCUGCAGAAGAUCAAACAGCACAAAUAGUUGCUGGAGCAGUAGGCUUGGUGGGAGCAGCAGCAGCAGGAGGAGGAGGUGUCAUUGGAAAUGAAGCAGCUAACGAUGCAGAGUCACUUUCAGAAGCUGUACAGAGAACAUAUAAGGCUGUAGAAGGAAAAGGAAAAUCUCUCACUCAGUUCAUGUAAGCUUUUUAUAAAAAUCACAUAUUUAUGUGAACAUUUGAUUAUUUUAUUACCUCUUGAUGUUGUUACACUAUAUAUAAUGUUUAAAUAUUUAGAAGGCGGUACAGAAAAUUUGGAGUCCAGUCCUUUAGAGAGGAGGGUUUUGUGGUUUAGCCACUUUAGCACUUAACACUUUUUUUUUGCCUGACUGCCGUUUGGUGGUGGGAACAUAUUCUUUGGUGUGUUUAUGAGAGAUUUAUGUUCAAUAGGUUUGUGGUCCUUAAAAAGUAAAACGAUGAGCUUAAAGAUUCUCACAAAGUCUGCCAGUAUGUUUGUUUUGUUUGGGAGGUUGUUGCUUGAUCUCCGUAGUGCCUUAAUUCACGUUGAUCAUUAUUUUGUCUUGUCCAUAUAAAGGACAAGACUGUUUAUGACCAAGAAACACAGACUUAAAAAACUCCAACAACCACUGAAGACUGAAGAAAUUAGGUUUUGUUUUUUUCCUGAUAUUGUCAAAUCUCUAUUUUUACUUAAUUGUAAAUGAUUUGAUAUUGAUAGAACUACUUGAAAUAUGUAUGAUAUAUUGGUGAUGUGAUUGACAGAUCAAAGAUGACUUAUUAAGCAAUGAAAGCACUAAUUUCUGACAAGGUUUUCCAUUGCCCAUUUGUUUUGUUUUGAGAUUUUUCCCCCCACAUCAUAGUUUUGUUCUUGUUGUACUGCACUUGCAUGUUGUGAUUAACAUGAGACACUGAGGAAGAAAAGUCGUGAAGAAAGGACAUUUAGAGGGGCUAAAAAACUGCCAGAGUGUUGCCAACAAAGUGCAACAACUAUGUUUUCCUGCCUGAAAUUUUGCCUGUGCAAAAACAUGAACUUUUGUCAUUGUGAA